UGAAAUGAAUAUAGCCUCAAGUUGGCAAAUAAAACGUAAACUUUGUUAUUUUGAUUUUGCAAGUUUUCCUGUAAAAUAUCUAGAAUUUUAUACGUUUAAGUAUUAUAAAUUAUAAGUGCCGAAGUCUAGUUUCCACCAUGGCUCAAGAAUUGAAGGAACUUACCCAGUUACUCUUCCCAAAUUCUACAACAGAAACACCAGAGUACUUUUCUGAUGUCUCAGACUAUAUAAAAAAGCUGGGUUCUCAGAAUUGGGAACAUGUACGGAAAGAGCCUGAGAGGUUAAGUGAAGAAAUGAAACAGUUGACGGAGCAGACUCAAGACUUGGCCUUUACUAACUAUAAGACUUUUGUGGAGACGGCAGAGAUUUCUCGAACCAUUAUGAAGGAUUUAGGCAAGUCUAAAGAUGCCUUGGAAACCUUUCUUGGAACAACACCUGAUUUUAUUCAAGAAUGUGAAAAGUUUUCACAGAUGGCAGGGAAUAUUGUUAAAGAGAAAAGUCGAUACAGCUCUAUUCGUAACCAGAGUGACAAGCUGUUGGAGUUACUAGAGCUACCAUCCCUCAUGCGUGAAGCCCUCAAUGCUGAAGACUAUGAGAGUGCCCUUGACAUCUUUACAUUCAUUCGUAACUUGUCUAAAAGAUAUUCAGAAAUACCUAUAGUGCAGAACACAACAAAUGAGAUAAUGACACUCUGGUUUGAAACUCUAUAUCAUCUAUUCAAUCAACUGCGCUAUGAUUUGCCCCUGCCUCAAUGUUUACAGAUUCUAGGUUACCUUCGCCGCGCGAAUACUGUGUACAGGUCAACAGAUGAUGAUCAGAAUACUUUGCAAUAUACAACUGGAAACAAAUCUAGUGCUGUCACUGAUGGACUACAUUUACAUUUCUUGAAGGCGAGAAAUGCUUGGUUCGAAAAGGCAUUGGAAGAUGCCAGAAGUACUGAAACAUCAGAAAGGCUUUUGAGAAGAAUAGUCGAGUUACACAGGAUCCAUCUGUUUAAUGUGUUGACACAGCACAAAUCCAUAUUCCUGUCUGAUGCACAAGAAUCUAAAGUGAGAGAAGAUGAGUUGAGUGGUACUAGUGCACUAUCUUGCUGGUUAAAACAAAAGGUGGAAGUAUUAGCUAAUGUCCUCAACACCGAUCUGCCAAAGGAAGACGAAUCGAGUUUUGAAUCUUUACUGAACCAGUGCAUGUAUCUGUGUUUGUCAUUUGGAAGAGUGGGUGCUGACAUGAGAUGUGUCUUGACGCCGCUGUUUCGGAACAAUGUCGUCGCACAAUUCCACACUGGGUUAGAAAAAGCAGACACACAUUUUGAUAACCAAAUGAAGUCAUACAAAGUUCCAAGUAUAAAAAAUGUACCAAGACCAAUCAAUGAGAACCCGUCAACUGGACCACCCGAGAAUUUGCUCGACUAUUAUCCCUUAGCUGAAUAUUGCAAUGGUAUGUUAACAGUUCUAAAUUCUUUGAGGGUUACAGCUCCUUUGAACAUUGUAAAAGAGGUAUACACUUCAUUUAGAAAGUCAUUUGAAAAAGCUGUUCAAAUAUUGAUGGGAUAUUAUCAAAGAGAACAACAGGCCUUCACAGAUGUGGAAAGGCAGAACUUUGUGGCGCUCUGUGUAUGUUUUACCGAAGACUUAGUUCCAUACAUUACAAAAUGUUUGUCGCAGUCGUUCCCGUCGACCCAAGUGGCCGAACUACUGGGCGUCACGCUCACAGUCCUCCAAGAAAGCAAGAUAUUGCAUAUAGACCAGGUUUCAAUUUGUGAACCUUUGAAUAGUAUUACUGGAUUAGUUAUCAAUUAAUUUCGUCAUUAUUUCAUUGUUAUUUAUAAAUUAAGAAAGCCAUUAAAAUGAUAUGUUAAAUA